UUGCAAUGUUUCAAGCUAGUAAGUUUCACAAAAUAAGAAGCUCUUUUGUUGUUACUUUACUCUCAACUAGAAGCCAUUUUCACACUCAAGGAUACGGUCCCGGCGACACUUCAAAACCCGUUAGGAGGGAAGUAUACGGCAAUGGGAGAAUCUUUGACAUCACCCACAGGUACACCCCGGAGAUUCCCGUGUAUGGUUCAAAGCUUGGGAUCGGACAUUUCCGCUGGCUCCAACUGAGCAUGAAGAAUGGUUCACUUACCAACAACUCGGAAUUCAAGCUGCCUGUUCACACCGGAACCCAUGUUGAUGCCCCUGGCCAUGUGUUUGAUGAUUACUAUGAUGCUGGGUUUGAUGUAGAUCAGCUUGACUUGGAGGUACUCAAUGGCCCUGCCCUUGUUGUUGAUGUUCCCAGGGAUAGCAACCUAACUGCUGAAGUGAUGGAGUCGUUAAAUAUUCCCAAGGGUACUCGCCGAGUACUUUUCAGGACAUUAAAUACUGAUAGGGGUCUUAUGCAUAAAAAGGAAUUUGACUCAAGCUUUGUGGGAUUCACGGAGGAUGGAGCGAAAUGGGUGGUUAAGAACACGGACAUCAAACUUGUUGGAACUGAUUACUUUUCCAUUGCUACCUAUGAUGAAGCUAUUCCGGCACAUAUUGCUUUUCUAAAGAGAAGGGAAAUCAUACCUGUGGAAGGCCUAAAGCUUGAUGGCAUAAAACCAGGAAAUUAUUCUGUGCAUUGCUUACCUCUAAGGUUGCUUGGUGCUGAAGGAGCACCAACAAGAUGCAUUCUCAUCAAAUGAUCCGGACUCUAUUCCAUUGAGCUGAUCGAGAUGGUCUACAAAGGCUUUGAAGUUUGAACUGAAUAAAAAAACAGUAGAUGUUAUGGAUAAUUCUCUCUCGUACUCUUGUUGUUAAUAUAUAGAGACAGAGCUAUGCCUGUUGUGUAUGGCAUCUGCUACUGCUAGACAGGGUACUGCAGGCUCUAAAAAAUAUAAUACUCUAAUCCAACUUCUAGAAAUUGUACUGCGUGCUCAUAAGUUGACAAUUCCAUAUGAAAGUUGCCCUUUCAAACCAAAUUAUAAAGAAACAAAAGAAAAUUGACAUAUGGAGUUAGAUUGUUGAGAAU